GAUAUUUUAGCUUUAUUUGCCCCAAAAGAAAUCCAUUCAUGGGGGUUUAACGCGCCGAAAGCAUACCAACUCGUUUGGCCUUUGCGCGAAUAGUAUAAACCUUUCCAUUAUGCACCGGUAUGUGCUGAACUGCUGAGCGAGAACAUCACUACGUAAAAAUGGUUUGUAUACAUAACUAUGCCGAAAGGAUUUUAACAAAUUGUGGACAUGAUUGAUGGAAAGAUUUACGGCACGGAUUGCUUCGAAGUCGAACUGUUUCUACAAAGAAACGAGUUCUCGAAGCUCUACCAGGUUAAAAGCAAGGAAGAUGGGAAAAUAUACUUAAUGGAGGUGUCCCCACGGGAUGCAAAUUCAAGAGCACCCGUCAGUCCCUAUGUUCAGUUAACCAAAACAUUGCUCUCUUCGUUUUGGGUUAGUCUGCGGUUCGCGUUUCAAACUCGGUCGAAAUUUUACUUUAUCCUGGACUUCGCUGGCGGCCAAACACUAUCGCGAAAGCUGAAAUUUUAUGGUGGAAAAAUUCCCGAGCCUUUAGCGAGAUUUUAUGCCGCAGAGAUUGUCGUCGCUUUGGAAGAAUUACACAGCUUCCGCCUAGCUUACAAAGAUUUAGAUUUAGAUGCGGUGUACGUGGAUUCUGAGGGCCAUAUCAAGCUUUGGCGUAGUUUUUGUGGAAAGCUUUACUGGGUGCAUGGUGAAUGCAUUUGUUCGCUCGCUGGAUUUUUCCACGGAGAUCCGUGUAAUAACAAUCAUAACCUUACAAAUGAGUUUGAUUUUCAAGAAGAUUGGAAGGCUCUUGGAACUGUGAUAAAUGCAAUAUUAACGGGAGAUAACAAUCAAUGGACUUCCGAAAACCCUGCCCUCUCGGCUUCAGCCAGUGAUUUAAUAAGUAGACUGAGGCGAGGUGACAUCUCUCGGGCUGACCAGAUCCAGUCCCACCCGUUCUUCAAAGGAAUUAUUUGGCACGAGGUGAGAACGAGGAAGGCACGACCAUCUGUGAGCACGGACAAAGGAUCCAAUUCCUCUCCAGUUCAAACAAAUCCUUCCGCUGGCUAUUCACCAACUGGGGCUAAUAUAACAAAUCUACCUUCUUCGUUCUAUCGGCCUCAUAGUCUGUCGCACCACAGUGACCCGGGCGAUACGAGAUACCUCAAGAGCGCCCCUGACUAUAUGGUGCAUGAGUCCGGUCUCUGCAGUGGGUUUUCAACCCCUGAUCUCCGAUCGAUUAAUCAAGUAACCCCGUUCUUGCGACAUCAUACGUCACUUCCGCCAAGAGACAUGUACUAUCACUAUGGAAACCCUGGUUAUCCAAGCACAACACCGCGUGAUUUUCAAUCAAGUCCCGUGCAAAGGAGGUUAGCUUCGCGUUCUUUGAGUGAUCUUUCUGCUUUAAACGGACAUGAUGAUGCAUUUGUUCCCAACCCCCAAACGACCCUAAAUGAAACGUUCAUCUACUCAAAUCAUGAACUUGCUCCGCAAUACGCCAGAACAUUUUAUACGCAGCCUGGAAACCAUUCAGGAGUUUUGAAUGGCGAUUAUGCUCUGCGUUCGACUGGCAGUUUUCCUGAUUUAAGGAGUAACGUUGGUCCUUUCACUUCAUGCCACUACACCUCCCACGAUGGAAGAUCCUCACCCACCCCCUCUGGGUACAUUGAUUACAGUUCAUGCACUGAGCCACCCCUCCGUGGCACAUUUAUGCUACCGCAUCAAACCUUGCGUUACCCUUAUAGCGACAUUGGUGUGUCGUCACUGGAUAAUUUUAGUGUAAUAGGCUUACGAAGAUGGGAACGCAGUUCGACAAGAGAUUCGGAAAAUCAUCGCGGCAGUUCGGAACCCGAAAAUAACCCUCGUGGUAAUCCACAUUCACUUCAUUCUGAGCGGAGUGCAAUCGAUGCUUCAUCGUCCCCAGGAAAAAAUCCUUCAAACAAGUCGUCUACUCAACAAAGUUCAUCACAACGUUCGGAUUUCACGAAGAAGAACGACUCCGAUCGAACGUCUACGAAUACCACUCGUGAACGUUCGUCGACGCUAACUCGUACUCUUUCGUUAUCCGAUAUGGAAGAAGGAACCAAACACACUACUCCGAAAGAAGUCCGGGAAACUAGGCGAGAUAGUUUGCCAAUUGGUGUCAGUAAUGCAAGAGAAAAGUACCCUCUAGCCAGAGUUCCCAUUCCAUCAUUUCGCGAAUUUAAACAGAGGAAUUUACUCGAAGACACUAAAAAUAAACCAUUGAUUGAAAAGAAAGAUGCGAAUGAUGGGGAAUCACAGAGAUCGCCGAGGGCAGAUUCUAAAACAGAAUCUAAAAGCAAAAUAGAGAUGCGGGAAAAACUGAAGGAAAGGCUGUCUUCUUUGUACGAAAGCUCAAAAGACAUCUCGGCUCAGAAUUCGACAAGAAAGCUUAGCACCUCUUACAAGUUGAAUUCUUCGAAUGGUGUUACCUCAGAGAAAUCCUCUCUCAUCAAAUCGAGUGAUUUAACAGAAACAAAAGGCAGUAUUACAAAGGAUAUUAAGGACUUGGGCGGCUCACGAAAGAUUUCUAGGGGCCGACGCGAAAGCCCGUUUUCGAAAAACGAAGUGAUUCAUAACCUUAUGUUGAAGUACGGCUUAUAUGAAAAAGGCGGUCACAAGAGGGGAGAUGGUUCGCGAGCGGACGCAAAGGACAUUGGCUCAUCGACGGAUAAAGUCAGUUCUCGCGAAAACCAAAGAAACAAUAAAAAUUUAAAACAUAUUUCAUCGGCUGCAAAGUCUGAAAACGUUUUGUCAAGGGAAGAGAGAAGAACGCAGAAUUAUUCGCAAUUGAAAGAGUCCACUCCUAGAGGGAGCGCCAUUUCUGAUCGAAAAACUGCCACAGCUGCAACAUUUGAAUCGAAAAAGUCCGCCGCGGAGAGGUUUAGAGAAUUGCGAAGAAAGCAUGUUCUGCAGAAUGAUUCUGAAGAUUCUCGAGCUGCAGAAAGAUUGACAUUAACAAGCAGGGGAAAGACACUGGAGAGGAAUUCUGUAGUAACUGCCUCAAUAACCGAAAAUGGCAAACAGACACCGAGGCGAGGAAAAAAUCAGAACAACUCUGGUGAAAUUCAAGGAGGUGAUCACACUUCUACCCCAGCAGGCUUAAGAAAAGCAAAUUCAAAAGUUGAGGAAGGAAGUAUGGCAUUAUAUGAGAACACUGCGAAGCGAAACGUCGACUCGAAGUCGAAUAAUAACUCUGAGACAUCAAUCCAAGGGGAAUGUUCUAUUGGUCUCCGAGGUACCUCCAGGGCAAUUCUUUGUGCGACAAAAUUUAAGAGAGCUGCUAACAAAGGCUCGAGAAAAUCAAACGAUUCGCCCUUGCCAGACAAGAAAAAGCUGGGAGACAUUAUUACCAAAAACGAUUCAGCAACUAAAAUUGUGGUCGAGAAAAUGCAAGACGGAAACUCUAUCGAAAUCAAACGGGAUGAAUCAUUGGGGAAACGAUCACCGAAUACCGGACGGCGAGAUUUCCGAACGAACGGAAAACUUCGGAAAGGCGGUAUUCACACGAGCAUGCUCAGUGUGGCCAGCAAUGCAUGCUUGACCGAUUCUGAAGUAGAUGAUACCAUUAGCUUGUACAGUAAAAUGGACUCGCUUGAUAGCGAGCGAGAAACAAGAGGACGUAGGUGGGAGAGUUUCCAUAGCAACAUCAGUGCUGACAGUGGCUCCGCCCACAUGUUUGAAUUCGAUACAGAUUCCAAUACGACCGAGUUCGAAGAGGAGGUGUUCGAUGACCGUGGUUCUGAAGAUGAGCAUCCUAAGAGCGAGGCCGAAGUGGAGCGCACAGACAGUGGUGUCGGAGGUGACAUGGGACAAGGUCCCGUGAGGCGCUCUUGGGAGGAAAUUGUGAUGAAGAGCUCUGAGCACUGGUCCGUUGUGGCUGCCUCCGCGCGGCACUGGCAAGAAUUGGCCCGUAGGAAAAAAGCAAAUGACGACGAAAUGACCACAGCAAGGAAACGAAGUUCUGUACAUUCUAUAACUGAAGAUAUGGUCGAGUGCCCAGAUUGUUUGAAGCACUAUGUUCCAGCAAUAAUUAGCGAAGAACAGAAAGACAAUAGUAAAGAACCGGAGAUUUGUCCCAAGUGCAAAGACAGAAAAGUGGAGAGAAAAGAGGCCAUUAUUGAACUUGUACAAACCGAAAUCAACUAUGGAAAUGAUCUUCAGAUCUUGAAAGAGGAGUUCUACUUGCCGAUGCAGUCUGGAGGGAUUUUAAGUCCAGAAAAUUUGGCUGCGAUAUUUCUUAACUUGCAGGAAUUACUAGAAGUGAAUUCAAAGUUCUGCGCAAAGCUGCAGAAAAGUUUGGAAAAAUCAGUUGCAAAAGGCGAUGAGGAAUUUUCCAACGUCAACGUUGGAAGCAUUUUUUUGGAAAGCGUAGAUUUCUUUCAAGCCUACGAAAUUUACUGUUCAAAACAGACCACCGCCUCUGCGUUGCUGGAAUCCCUUCAGAAGAAAACGGAGCUGCUACGAAUAUUCUUAAAUGUCACGUGCCGUGAAAAUCCAAAGUGUCGCAAAAUGGACUUAAACUCUUUUAUACUCGCCCCUGUACAACGAAUUAUGAAAUAUCCCCUGUUACUAAGUAGAAUUUGCAAGGCCACACCACGAAGAAAUCAAGACCGAGAGAAGCUUAAAAUGGCGCAAAGAAGAAUUGAAGAGCAACUGAAUAAGAUCAACGCGUUGAACACGGCUGUUGAAUCUCGACAAAAGCGAUACCGGGCGAGUCAACAACUUGGCCGGUCCGACUCGUUAGAUAAACUACAAAUGAAGAAAAUGGCGUCGGAUAUUCUAAACUGGACCAUAGAAGAAAUGGAGCUGCUUAUGCAUGGUGUAUUCCAGAUCACUAUACAUGAAUUUGGUGCGAGCUGGAACAGACGCAGUAGCAAGAAAGCCCUGUCAGUAUGCGCACUGUUUUGCGUAAGAGGUCAUUCGGAGUUUGUGCGAAUUAACUCUGACGAUGAGGGGGAGUGUGAGGAUCUUUUGUUCCCCGGAGAGGGUGAAGUGACCGAUGCUGCUGUGGUUCUCCUAAGAAAAAAGAUGAGUGGAAAGUACACUUUAUUCAAGGAACCAUUGUUUCUAGACAUGUGCGUCAUUUAUAAAGAAUGUGAGCUAAAGGACGCCUUCGAAAUUGUGUUGAUGGGUAAGGAGACAUACAGAUUCAGAGCUUCUACGAGCCGGGAUUAUCGGAGAUGGCUUAAAUAUCUCAGACUGGAAUCUAAAGAACUUGGCUCCUGGAAGAGAAGGCGAAAUGGUCUUCCGAACAUCAUGAUCAAAAAUCUUUAGUUAGGAAUUUUCUCCGAUAAUACAGUUAGUUCAACCUCGUUCAUCGACGACAGUCGCCAAAUUGAAAGCAUUCAUCAAACGUUUAUUUAAAGGCAAUCCAUACGCGUCUUAUCUUCUGAAAAAUGCUUUAAGAUUAAAGUAUAUAUUCAUUCUGUGUUUAGGUUGUUUCAGAAAGCCAGCGAGUGUGUCAUCCAAUAAAACUCGUUCAAGUGACAUGCUUUUGUUGAAUA